CCCAAGGAGCUUACUCUUGCUUCCCGCUUCCCACGCUCUUCUCCUCUCCUCCAUCUCCUGUGCGAUAUCUCCAGCUCCACACGGUCACCGCGGAUAGCUCGACCUCGCCAUACUCCCUCUUGAUCUUCGCUCUACCGUCCGAUCCGGUCAUGGACCCCGUGAAGGCGGAGAAGGAGACCGCGAUGCGGCGCUACCGCCGCCUCCGGAAGAUCGCGAAGCUCUUCCGCCUCCUCGAGGCCUUCGCCGCCCUCCUCUUCCUCUCCUGGUCCUCUGCCCGCCUACCCGCCGCCGCCCGCUUCUCCGGCUACUUCCUCCGCCGCCUCGCCGCCGUCAUCCUCAGCCCCCGCUUCGUCUUCCUCCUUGGCAACGCCAUCGUCCUCGUCCUCUUCGCCAAGUCCCGCCAACUCUCUUCCUCCGCCGACGACAGCGAUGGCGGCCUCUACGACCAGUUCCUCGAGUCCCGCCGCCGCAUCGGCUUCUCCCCACCGCCGCCGAGGACGACGCCGGCUUCGCCGGAGGAGGUCGUGUUCGAGGACAAGGCGGUGUGCAUGGAGACCCGCCCGUGCCGGAGGAGCGGAUCGGAGAGGAUCGUGCGCCGUCGGAAAUCGCUGGAGCGCCGGCGGAAAUCGCUGGAGCUCCGGCGUGCGGAAUCGGAUGUGGGGCCGAAGGGAGAGAAGCCUCCGCAGCCGCCGCCCACGGCGGCGAAGGAGGAAUGGGAGACGAGCACCGACGACGCGGAGGAGUUCCGGCGCACGAUAGAGGCGUUCAUCGCGAAGCAGACGAGGUUUCAUCGCGAGGAGUCGAUGGCGAUCGUCUGGGCCGAAGGACCAUCUCCUCCGCAGGAUCACCAGAACCUAAUAUUUUAAAAUAGCAUUGUAUAAAAUAAUCUGAGAAAAAAAAUGGAAUUUUUAAUUUUUUUUCUCUGUUUUCCUUUUUUUUUCCUUGAUAAAUCUGUACCUUAGUCUGUACAGACCGUACUGGAGUGCAGAAAUGGACGAAAUUGCCCUUGUUUAUUUGUACCAAUCUUGGUUAGUGGAAGGACAUGUUCGUAAAUUAAUGAGCAUUUUAUAAUUAAAAGUGAUAUAUUAGGCUAUAAAAUUUUAUUAUUU